CAGUGAAAUCCCAUGUACAUUGAUUUGCAUUCAUUUACAUUACUGUACAACGAUGUACAUGACUGUGCAUGGCCUUAUCCGUACCUGAUGACACCUUUGCCUAUGCCGAUAAAGCAUCGCCUCCGUGCCUUUUACCAUCAUACCAAAUCACCGCCCGUGAAAUGCCAUGCAAAAACCUUCCCAAAUGACUUUCGUGUACAUUUGUGUACUUCAAUGUACUUCCAUGUACACUUGUCACGUUCUAUCACGCUCUCUCGAUCAGUAGGUCCAGAAGCCUGUGUCUACCGCACUUUCAGGUCCCCUCUCCUGUAUCCCCUGUUUCAGCCAUUUGUCCCCAUUCGCUACCCUCCCGCACGAAAUCUCUUAAAUCAGUUGUUUCCACUCCCCCUGGCUGACAAUGCACCAUGUUGGAUAGUAGCCGCUCUCAAGAACAGACUUUGGAGGACCAAGCCAAUGAAGGCGCUGCAGCAGUCGACUUUGAACAGGACAGACAGCCACCACGGAUGAACGUGGUGACCAUUGUGGGACAAAGAAGCCCCAAUCAUGGUGCCGGCGGCGACCUCUCGAUGCAGUGGGCGAUCUCGUUCUGUGACAUGCUUUGCGUCAGGGCAUCGCAAAAUGCCGCCCGUGUUAGGAGUCGUCGGCUAGUUUCGAACGUGGUGGUGGAGAGAGCAUGGGCUGCCAUAGGGGAAUUGGUUAGAAGUCAUCCCAACCCCAACGCGGCGGUACAGCAGUCCGCUUGGAGGGUUGAUCCCUAUUCGCGCAUGAUCUUGAACGCCCGAACCACGUCGACCCCAGCAACAGUACGAGGCGAUUGGGGGGAGCAGGUGGGAAAGCAGGAUACAAGCGAAGGCAUACACAAUUCGAUCAGGCGCACAAAAGCGCAUCUGAAUAGUGGCGAACAUCGCCAUGAGACGUUACAUGCCGCAACUGGCCAUAGCUAAUAGUAGACUGUAGUAGAAAGUAGCCACGCAUCAUGCC